UUCCUGAGGGACAGUUCGCCUGGACUGGACUUUUCCGAAGCCCCUGGAUGUGGUUGGAUGGAAGGAAAGGCUGGCUGAGCUACUGGUCAAGCAAUGAGCCCAAUUCAGCUAAAGAAACCUGCGCAGUAGCAAACUUUGACCCUGGCUACCAAAGGAGAUGGGAGGACUGGGACUGUACCAGGAAGACAGCGUUUGUUUGCUUCAGUGAUUCGAAGCAUGUGGUGAAGCUGAAGCUGGUGAGAAACUCCUACCUGGAUCUGAACGACUCCACCCUGCAGGAAGAGCUGCUGCAGCAGCUGCAGCAGAAGCUGAUCGAUCAGGAAGGAAAAGAAAACUUGAAGCUGAGCUGGAAGAAACGACCAGAUGGAAACGUUUUCUACCCAGAGAGGAAGGAAGACGGAUUCUAACAGGAACAGACGGAUUUACAGGAUUUAUCACCUUAUUUUCCUGCUCUUCUCACAUAAACCCCACGUUGUUCUGACAGUGAUGCCAUCCUUUGAGUAAUACCAAGUCUUAUUAUUUUAUCUGCUUAACUGAGGUGGCUCAUAUAG